AGAUUUAUAUUUUGUCAACUGAGAAUCGCGCACUAAAAUUCCUCUUUUGAAUGGCGUAGCGACUCUCACACAAGGAGAAAAAUAUAUUAAAAUGGUGUUUUCUUUGAUUAUUUAAGUAUAUAAUAUGAGUUUUAAACAAAAUAAAGCUGAUUCUCAUCUUGCUGCCAAAACAUUUAAAAUUAUUAUAAUCGGAGAUGCAAAUGUUGGAAAAACAUGCUUAACAAUGCGGAUAUGUAAUGGUACAUUUCCACAGAAGACAGAAUCUACUAUUGGAGUUGAUUUUAAAGAAAAAAUUGUGAAAGUUCAAGAUGAGCUUAUAAAACUUCAGUUCUGGGACUCCGCCGGUCAAGAAAGGUUUCGCCACUCGCUCAUUCCGCAUUAUUACCGUAAUGUUCAUGCUGUUGUAUUUGUUUAUGAUGUUACAAAAAAAUCAUCUUUUCUAAAUUUAUCUAAAUGGUUGGAAGAGUUUCAGGUUAAUGUGAACGCUAAUUUAGAUAUUCCUCGGGUUAUUAUUGGAAACAAAUGUGACCUUCAUGCUAACAGGGAAGUAUCUUCUUCUGAAGCUAAUAUGGUAGCUUCAAAUUUUGGCAUUGAAUUGUGGGAAACGUCUGCAAAAAGUGAGUUUGAAGUUGAAAGAGUUGAACAAAUAUUCCAGAAUUUAGCUGAAACUUUGAAGUUUAAAUCAGCCACGGUCGAAUUUCCUCCCUCCAUGUCGAGAGUAAAUACCAUAGAACAAAGUAAUGGGCUAAAAUUAACAAGUUCUUCCUAUGACCUUUCAAGUUAUAAAAAUACUAGCAAGUAUAUUCAAGAAAAAAAGCAAAAAAAAUGUUGUGGCAGCUAGCA